AUGAGUCCUAAAGGGAUCUCAUUUCCAAUGCAAGAUCCCAAAGAGAAGAAUAAGGCAGCAAUUCAUCCUAGUGGCAGCCUGGAAAACCAUAAUGGAGCAAAGAGUACAAGAUUGAAUCCUGCUACAGUUUCAAAGCAAGCCUCCAUAAAAAGGGGAGAGUCCCAAGUAGUAAAUUCUUGCUCGCAAAAUCAAAAAAAAGUGCCGCCUUUUCCCUCCAAAGGAUCAGUGCAGUCUUCCUCCUCGACAAUAAAGAAGCCUAUUAAUCAUGUCCAGCAGUUGAAGAAACAACAAAAGGUGCAAAUAAUCAAGAAUUCAAAGCCUGAAGCAAGUUCUCAACUUCGUCAUCUUAAAAGGAAGAAACCUGACGACUCCGUCGAUGCUAGAGCCGUUAGCAUUAUGAUCAGAAAAAUGUAUGGGUAUGAUCCAAGCAAGUACCACGACAAUGAAAAGGAUGAUAAAGCCAUGGAGGCUACUUUUGAAGAUAUUCAGAGCGAGGAAAGAAGAAGUGCCAAAAUUGCAAGGAAAGAGGACCAAGAAGAGCUUCGCAAGAUUGUAGCUGAAGAAUCAAAAGCUCGCUUGAUGAAAGAGACUGCCAAGAAACGCAAGCUUAUCCACUGA